UUGUUAAUAAAAUGAUUGUGUGAAUUAUUUUUUUGAUUAUUAAGUAAUAAUUUAUUUAAUCAUUUUUUUAACCCAAUGUUAUGGAAAUAACCAGCGUUUUCGGUGAUUAUAAAAUCAAAUUAAUCACACGUUGGGGGAGAUAUCCAUUAUCAAAAAUGGCUCCAAAUAUUACCAGCGCACCCACAGGCGUUCUUCAUGAAGAAGAUGAAGAAAUCAUUGAUACCAUUGGAAAUGAUUCCAAAAAAUUAUCAUCACAAGUACCAGAGAAACGGGAAUUGAAAUUAGUAUGGCGAAAUAUACUUUUAUUUGUAUAUUUACAUGCUGCGGCCGUGUGGGGAAUGUACUUAAUGCUCACAUCAGCAAAAUUGGCAACAGUCGCAUUUGCCAUCAUCUUAUAUCAAAUGGGAGGAUUAGGUAUAACUGCCGGCGCACACAGAUUAUGGGCACAUCGUGCAUAUAAAGCAAACUGGGCUCUACGUGUUCUGCUAACUAUUUUUAACACAAUAGCUUUCCAGAAUCAUGUUAUUGAAUGGGCAAGAGAUCAUCGUGUACAUCAUAAAUACAGUGAAACUGACGCUGAUCCACAUAAUGCAACUCGUGGUUUCUUCUUUGCACAUGUUGGAUGGUUAUUAUGCCGUAAACAUCCAGAAGUUAAAAACAAGGGAAAAGGAAUUGAUGUUUCUGAUCUAGAAGCAGAUCCAAUUUUGAGAUUCCAAAGAAAAUACUAUUUAAUUUUGAUGCCAAUCUUCUGCUUCUUACUUCCCACUACAAUUCCCGUAUACUGUUGGGGAGAAUCCUGGGGUAAUGCAUGGUUUGUAUGUGCAUUAUUCCGUUAUGCUUUCACAUUAAAUGCAACAUGGUUAGUCAACAGUGCAGCUCAUUUAUGGGGAAAUAAACCAUACGACAGAUUUAUUAACCCAGCUGAAAACUUAGGAGUUGCUAUUGCUGCAAUGGGUGAAGGAUGGCAUAAUUAUCAUCACACAUUCCCAUGGGAUUACAAAACAGCUGAAUUAGGUAACUACAGAGCAAAUUUCACAACAGCAUUCAUUGAUUUCAUGUCAAAAAUUGGAUGGGCAUAUGAACUAAAAACUGUAUCACAUGAAAUGAUUCAAAAGCGUGUGGAACGUACUGGUGAUGGUACCCAUGAAUUAUGGGGUUGGGGUGAUAAAGAUCAAUCAGAACAAGAGCGAAAUGAAGCAACGAUAUUAAGGCGUGCCAAAUCUAGUUAGAUAAAUUAAAACACAAAAGAAAAAAUUAGAUAAAUAACUAAAUAUUUGUCUUGUUUUUAAUUUUGAAUAUUAGACUGUUUUUGCUUCCACCCAGGGUAUUAUAUUAUAAUAUUAGAAUUAUAAAUUGGAAACAACAAAUUAAACAAACCCUCCAAUAUUAUAUAAUAUUAC